ACCAAUGGGAGGCGGCGUUGCUUAGUGGCGGCGGUGGCAGAGGCGGCUGGAAGGGGAGCCGGCGCUUCAGUGGCAGGAGCCGGGGCCGCGCGCUUCCGGAAGACGUGGCGGCUGCUGCUGAGGCGGCCUUGCCUGGUUCCUCCCUCAGAGAAGCCUCGCCCCGAGCGCCACAACGCCGCCGCCGCCACCAUGAUUUCCCUCACGGAUACUCAGAAAAUUGGAAUGGGACUGACAGGUUUUGGAGUAUUUUUCCUUUUCUUUGGGAUGAUCCUAUUUUUUGACAAAGCCCUUUUGGCUAUCGGAAACGUUUUAUUUGUGGCUGGCCUCGCUUUUGUGAUUGGCUUGGAAAGGACAUUCAGAUUUUUCUUCCAGAAGCACAAAAUGAAAGCCACAGGCUUCUUUCUGGGUGGUGUACUUAUAGUUCUAAUUGGUUGGCCCUUAAUAGGAAUGGUCCUUGAAAUUUACGGCUUCUUUCUCUUAUUCAGGGGCUUUUUUCCUGUUGUGGUUGGUUUUAUUAGAAGAAUUCCUGUUCUUGGAUAUCUCUUGAAUUUACCUGGUAUAAGUUCACUUGUAGAUAAAGCUGGAGAAAGUAACAACAUGGUAUAAUGACAAGUGUGCCGAAGACUGCUUCUAAACUGAUAUUAUUUAUAAGGUUUUCUUGAAGAAAAGAUCAGCACAAAGAUUAUGUUGUAUACAAAGGCAAAGUUUGUAACAGUCCUGACGUAAGUUUUUAAUUUACACCAUAGUCUACAAAAUACAUCUUUAGUAAAGAAAAAUGGAGCACAUGUGCAUCCAAGACUUGCAGCACCAGGAAUUCUGUGAACUAAAGUGAAGAAAAAGUCAUGGGAAAACCUGUGGCAUUAAAUGAUUCAAGACUUAACCUUAUGGAGUAUGGGCUAAAUACAGCAAUCCCCUCAUGGAACUAACAGUGCCUGUAACUUUACCUCCUGCUUUAAAAGGGGUGGUAGAGCAAAUGGAGGUCAGUUUUCAAAGCCCUGACCCCACCUGCCAAACAUGGUAUUUCCUCUCCUCUCUUGGAAGAAAGUAAAUCUCCCACGUUUUUUUCUAUAGAAAGCAAGAGGCUCUCUUAAGCGUGAUGCACAUAACAUUUAAGAUGGUUUUUCAUCUUUAACUGUGUUUGCGCUAGCAAAGGAUUUCACUACACAGUUCUGAUGUAUAAAUCUCUGUAAAUAUAUGGCUGAAAUAAAACUUUAUAGGAAAACAUUUAAAGCCAAAUGUAAAUUCUGAUAAGGUGUGUCCUUACCUUUGGAAUAUGCAAAAAUGGCUUUUUCUUUUUUAAAAACUAAACUUCAGUCUUAACUUCUGGUUUUGAUACCUCUUUUGUUUGGCAGGGACUGUGGGAAUCAAUGUUACACUCCUUUUUGGCUGGCUCUCUUGAUCCAUGUUACAUGUAUGCAUCGUAAACAGGAUGUAGCCCUUUCUCAUUUGAAUAAAUUUUGUGUACAUCAUUUUUAACUCCUGAAAUGACUUGCAGCACUCCAAGGUGCUCACAUGUUUAUGAAAUGUGGCCUGCCUACUAGCCAAACCUUUGAGAAGGAACUUCAAUACUGAAUAUAGUUGCUGCUAAGUAUGUCCGCAACUGCCAUAAUGUCACUGUAGCAUGUAACACCAUGUUUUAUGUACUGGCCAUGUGCCUAGUAUACCAUGUAGACAUUGGGAUUUGGUCAUUGAAUUUAAGCAUUCAAUUCUGGUAUUAGGAUAGCAUGUUACAAAGUUAAUUUAUUGUGUAAAUAACUUAACCUAGCAAGGAGGAAAAAUAAAUCAGCUGUAUACUGGAAAGUCUUGGAAGACUGUAUUUUAAUAAGCUUGAUCAAGUGCCACAUCGAAAAGACACAUUUUUUUAAUUCAUGUGGCUUAAUUUGUUCUUUCUGAUUUUCAAGAAAUGCAUAUUUCAGCAAAUUUCAGAAUUUCAGAGCCACUUUGAGCAUUCCACUCUAACAGCAAGAGAGGGAGUAUAAGAGCCCUGAGUAGUACUAAAACUGAUGGUUCCUUUCCCCCCUUACCACUGUUACCUGAAGAUGCAGAGGUGUGGGAAGAACGGUGGUUCAACUAUGCUUCCUCUUCUACUGCUUUUGUAGAACAUCUGAAGUGGAUCUUGAAUGCAUAUCUAGUUUGCCCUGGUCUUUGUGAAAGAUGCAUGUGAAUAUAAGGUUUGCAUAUUCACUUGGUUCCAGCUGCAUAAUUUAAGCCCCUGUCAAAACAGCUAGAAGAGCAGGCAUCAUCUAAGUCACUGUGAGCAUUUUUUGUUUAUGCAUUCUGAUUUCUGAACAGUAAUAUGAAGCAUUCAUGUCUGCAGAUGUCUAACAAAAGGAGCCAUAUUUUUAAAAUCUAGUAAUUACUUAAAUACUUUUAAUUUUUUGAAGCUUUGAAAAUCACUAUUGAAUUUAUGCCUUAGGUUGCUAAAACAACAAAUGUAUGAGCAUCUCCAUUUCUUGCAAACAUUAAAACAGCUGUUUAGCAGUACAUCAGUCCUUUUCUGAAGCGGUCUGAAAUUGGUUGUCCACAGUCCUGAAGCCAUGUGUGUUCCUCACCUUUUUCUCACUGUGACACACAUUGCCCAUAAGACUUUCAAAACAAAGGUUCCAGGGCUCUGUCUGCAAUCUUUUUUUAAAAAUCCAAGUUGAAUGGAGCGUGGUCAUAAAAUAAACAUUGGGCACUUUUAUAAGCAACACGAAGGUUUAACUAAGCAGGAGUGCUUUUGUCGGCUUACAGUUUGGAGCAAGAGCAAUGUAUACAUCAUUCCUAGACCUUUAAGGGAUACCUCUUCAGAUAUGCUGUAUCCUCAAAAAUCUACUUAGACGGAGCAUGGUAGCAGGAUGAAGACUGAUUCUUCAUAUUCUCCUUGUGGUGAGAGGAACCAAAGAGAAAACUGUUCCCAAUCACUCCUGUGAAUGAUCAUAUGGGGAAGCAUUUUCUGAAUGCACCCUUAGGUUGAUCACAUUCAUAUGACAUUCUCAUGUGUCUAUGGUUUACUUAAAUGUAUGUGUGUGUGUGGGGGGGGGGACUUUGUCAUUAAAUAGUAAUGGUGGUAGCAGUAUUGGUCUCCUAAAAAAUAAAGCAAAGACAAUUUGCUCUUUAAAACAGUCUGAUUUGGUAAUGAUCCUACAAUUUGUUGAUGAGGAGAACCUCCUUAAUUUUUAAGUAACUCUGGGUUGUUGGGGGAUUUCUUAUUUACAGACAUGAGCAAAAGUGACAGUACAAAAUACAAACCUUGAGUAGAGUCUUUGUUUUGUGUUCUUCCUGCCUAUCUGAUUAGAAAAAAAAUUAAGAGAAUUUGUAUGCUCAGAAAUUGUUGGAAGAAUUUGAAUGGUACCUCAUUCUGUCACUGACCUUUGAUGAAAUGGAAAAUUCUGCACAAUUGUGGUCAGAGUAUUCACAGUGUUUGUAUUAGGAUCAGUGGAAUGACAUUUUCCAAAGUUUUGACUUGUAAUUGGUGGCAGAGAGUGACAGACAAUGAACAGUGCAUAAUAUCUGCAACGUCCAAGGUAAUAUACCAGGAGAACAUAACUUACGAAGAUUGUGGGACUGCCUUUCAGCCUCUGGGAGUUUCUGCAGGCUGCCCUUCCCCCAAUAUUAGAUUGGACUCUUUUUUUUUAAUAUAGAAAUAUUUGGCGUGGGGCUCUGGAGGGGGUCUGCAAAUUGUAAAAUUGGCAUUGGGGUGCUGUCUUUGGCCUUUGGGUGAAAUACCUUGGCUGAUGCAAAGUUAAAUUUUUACAGAUUUGGUAUUACAGUAAUCAGAAUUACUCCUCUAGUUUCAUCAGCUGUCCAGUGCAUUUUUACACUGAAUGUGGAUUUUUCUUCCAGAGUUACUUGCAUAGGAGGGGGCUGCAUGUAUUGAAAAAUUCUGCAAAAACUUUUUUCCUGUAACAAAAUAUUUUCCCCAUUUAAUUAUAAUUCUUUAUUGCUGCUUUAAAGAUCACACAGUGAUCAUAUCCUGGGGGAAAAAGAAUACUGUAAAUACACUUGUCAUACAUACCUUGAAUAAAUGGGUACUUUUUCUA